ACUUGUGGAAUUGUUGAAAUAAUGACUCACGACUCACGGAACUGGAGCUUUAUGAAGAAUGGUGAGUAACGCCGCGCAUCUCUGGGAAGGCUUUUGAUUCACCGCGUGUAAAGUAUGCUCAGUUCCUUUCCAGUGGUUUUGCUGGAAACCAUGUCUCACUAUACAGAUGAACCCAGAUUUACCAUAGAGCAGAUAGAUUUGCUGCAGCGCCUUCGGCGUACCGGAAUGACUAAACAUGAAAUCCUGCAUGCCUUGGAAACUUUGGACCGUCUUGAUCAAGAGCAUAGUGACAAGUUUGGAAGAAGGUCCAGCUAUGGAGGAAGUUCCUUUGGGAACAGCACCAACAAUGUCCCAGCUUCUUCCUCUACAGCUACAGCUGCCACGCAGACCCAGCAUUCAGGAAUGUCGCCAUCGCCUAGCAACAGUUACGAUACCUCCCCACAGCCCUGCACUACCAAUCAAAAUGGGAGGGAGAAUAACGAGCGACUGGCCGUAUCCAAUGGAAAGAUGUCACCAACUCGCUACCAUGUAAACAGCAUGGGCCAGAGGUCAUACAGUUUUGAAGCUUCAGAAGAGGACCUAGAUGUAGAUGAUAAAGUGGAGGAAUUAAUGAGGAGGGACAGCAGUGUGAUAAAAGAGGAAAUCAAAGCCUUUCUUGCCAAUCGGAGGAUUUCCCAAGCAGUUGUUGCACAGGUAACAGGUAUCAGCCAGAGCCGGAUCUCUCACUGGCUGUUGCAGCAGGGAUCAGACCUCAGUGAACAGAAGAAAAGGGCAUUUUAUCGAUGGUAUCAGCUUGAGAAGACAAACCCGGGGGCUACACUAAGUAUGAGACCAGCCCCCAUUCCAAUAGAGGACCCCGAGUGGAGACAGACGCCUCCCCCAGUCUCUGUCACAUCUGGCACCUUCCGACUACGACGUGGAAGUCGAUUUACCUGGAGAAAGGAGUGUCUGGCUGUCAUGGAAAGUUACUUCAAUGAGAAUCAAUACCCAGAUGAAGCAAAGAGAGAAGAAAUUGCAAACGCUUGCAACGCGGUCAUACAGAAGCCAGGCAAAAAGCUGUCAGACCUGGAACGAGUAACCUCCCUGAAAGUGUAUAAUUGGUUUGCUAACAGGCGGAAGGAGAUCAAGAGGAGAGCCAAUAUCGAAGCAGCAAUCCUGGAGAGUCAUGGGAUAGACGUACAGAGUCCGGGAGGCCACUCCAACAGCGAUGACGUCGAUGGCAACGACUACUCAGAGCAGGAUACUUGGCAAGUACGCAAUGGGGAGGAGGAGGAGGGAAGAAGUUCAGAGGGAGGCAGAGAAGCAGAGAAGGAUGACAGCACUAGCCAUAGUGACCACCAGGACCCCAUCUCACUGGCUGUGGAAAUGGCGGCCGUCAACCACACUAUCUUGGCAUUGGCCCGACAGGGAGCCAACGAGAUCAAGACAGAGGCCCUGGAAGACGACUGAUCAGGGAGGUGACACGAGCAGUUAACUUAGUGUAGACGUAGCACCUUAGCAGACUUUCCUCGGUCCUUCACAUGUGUUCUUACAGUAUAACUUGCAGUUUCUUGUAUGUCAGUUAGCCGUUAGGGUCUUGUUCUGUGAAGAUGGCAUGGUGCCCUCAGCCUUUGCAUAUACUCUCUCAGUAUUAAUUCCCAGUAAAUAAUAACCAACCAACCAACUUCCCUCUCCGGCCCCCGAGGCUAGAAAAUCUUGCUGCUCUGUCUUAGCAUUCCAAGAAGUGCUCCCAGGUAUUUAGAUCGCCCUCAGUCCUCGAGUGUUAGGCUACGCGUAGACCUUGGGUGCCUGUAGACCCCGUAACACUAGUCAGGAACCCCUUGUUCUUCCCCGAGAACGACAGGAUGCAAGCUGAGGUGGCGCAGCCGGGACCGACAGACACCGGGUGUCCCGAGUAAAGGACACUAGGGCCCGCUCGGCUGGGAAGGGUCUGUGCCCAGCGCAAUAAGCCGUGCCUCCUCUCCGCCACGCUGUGGCUAGAUUCCGCUGCUCUGGGUGCUGGCCUGAGCGUGUCCGAGGAAACGCGCGGUCGCAGCCUGGGGUUGACACCACACGCCCGGCACAGACUUCUUUCCUCUCGCGAGCUGUGUGACCUAGCCCAUAAAAUACUGCCUUCUGCCUUUGGGACCAUGAUUAAAACGAAACGACAAGAAACAAAAGUCAUAAUAGAAACAAAACCCAGCUUGCGAGCUUUGGGAAAAGCCUGGGCUGAACGUCUCACAGGCGCCGAGUCCGGCGCGCAGGGCCCCCACGGAAGUGGCUUUGCGUCCCGCUGUGUCCCCUCCCCCUGCUACCAAAAAGUCUUUCAAGGAUGGAGUUAAGGUCAAAGUGUGUGAAUGAACUUCCGGUCUCUGUGUCCAGUAGCUGAAGCCCUCACUAGGAGCGGCUGGUGCGGUCGUGGUGGGGGUUGCGCUGACUGUCGCGGACGCAGACACUUGCCUGGCAGGAGCAGGAACAGCAGGGGACGCCGCCGCCCCGUGGUGGCUCAGCAGACGCGGUGGGACGAGACUGCUUGGGUGUCUCUUUACUGUGUCCUUGUAGAGGUGUGAAAAGUGAUUCUGCUACAGGCAAUUUAUUUAAUAAUUGGAAGCCAUAUUGAUAAUGGAUGUGGUAAUAUUUGUAAAGUUUAAUCUACUUUAAGCGGCAGUAACUAAUGGAAUUUUUUUCCUUGAUCACAUGUAGCACUUUUGUUACUUUUUAAAAAUAUUUAUAUUUGAUAAAUCGUUUUUUCAUUUUGAGAACUCAAAAAUACCAAACAGUGAACUUGCGUUAUAAAGUCGCCCUGUGAUCACCUUGUCAUCUAAUAGCAAAAUGAAGAACUAACUGUUCAUGCGUCAAAAAAAAGACAUCUGCUGGCCUUGUAUGAGAUGAUCUCUUGGCACCGAUCAGACGGCGCUGUCACUGUGGGGAGGAAGCCGCCUCGGUGCCACGCCCCGGUGUGUCUGGGGGGCGCGGCGGCCCUUUCCCUGCACGGGGUGGAGCCUAGUUAGAGGGGGGCAGCUGGCUGCAGGGCUCAUCUGCAAGUCCGCACCUGCAGGCAUCUCUGCAGGCGUCUCUGAGAGCGGUGAGGUGCCAUUUCCUCGCCUCUCCACCCCUCCCCCCACCCCGUGUCUAAAACCACUGGUGUGAGAGAGACUGGCCGGCCAGCUCCUUCCCCUUCCUCACCCGCAGCGAUGCGGUCCCCGCCGGCCAGCGACCAGCAGCGAGCGGCCGUCCCCGCGCACCUGCUGGGUCUGUUGCUCUGAGGCGCGGGGCAGGGCCAGGGUCUGCUCGUGUCCGUGGCUUUCAGGGGACACACACUUCUUCCAGCUUCCGAGACAGCCCGGCGGAGGCGCCUCUUCUGAUUUACCGUAUUACUUGAACAACAAUUCAAGAGGAGCAUUUGUUAUUCUCAGGAAUGAUCCUCCCUGCUCAUCUUCCUCCUUGGUGUGUUUGACUUCUUAUUUCAGUUAGCAGGUUGUGUUCGCUUUCUUUUAAAUUGCGUAGAAGAAAGAUGUCUUUGCCUUUCAGUGGAAUUUUGUCUGCUUAUUCUGUCAAGUCAGAAAGAAUAGAGAGAGCGCGAAAUACACUGUGUGACAGCCACAUCCACGCUUUGCCGUAAGGAGAUUAUCGUAAGGAUGGCUCCUCACGGCUGGGGCUGUGCGUGUUGUUGGUCUUGCUGGGCUUUUUAAAGAAACAGACUCAGACUGUGAAGGCAGCUGUGGUUUCUAAAGAAGGAUUGCCAGGCCAGAGCCGAGACCUGCAGGAAGGAGAAAGGCUGCAGAGACCAGAGGAAAGCGGGUGUCCGUGAAGGCCGCCCCAGCCUCCCCUGGCAGCCGGGGGCUGGACAGCACCCGCUGGGCGGCAGGACCCAGAGGAGGGUCUGCACCCCCGGCCGCUUAGAAGGAGAGUCUGCUGGCCUGCCCGGGAGCCCGUUUUCCUACAGAGAACUUGCUUUCUCACCAGAAAAAAUCUACUUCUUUGGGGCCCAGAUUUAAAUCUACUGAUGACUUUUUUUUUUUUUUUUUUGUGGUGUGUGUCGGGGGCAGGCUUGACUCUGCAGCCCACCUUAACUCCUGGGGUGGCACCUGGAGCCACCACUGUCUGAUGUGGUAUCUUUGGGCGGGAGAUGUUCUUCUAAAACUUUCAGGUGGUAUUAAAAUAGAACCUUACACUGGCCUCUCGCAAGCUACCAGUCUCCUUUAAAACAAAAUCCCAUUUCCCGCUCUUUGGUGAGUCUGUCCUUUUCUCUCACUACUGUACUUUGUUCAGGUCCCAAGGGGUUGUUUGGGGGCUGCACCUUCCUAGGUAAAGGGGAGUAACAGCAGGUGGGAGAACCUGGCCAGCAAGUUCAUGUGACUUUCCUGUCAGAGUUACUGCGGUCACGCUAGCAGUCAGCGUACGUCCAAGCCAGCCUUCCAGGGCACCCUUCUCCCGCCAUGACGUUUGCCUGUCGUUGCGAACCCCACAAGAGACAAAGGUUGGGGAGGGCGGUGCUCUCACAUCCUUACCUGAGACGUGGUGCCAGGCAGUCCCAGACAGGCAUCUGGUGGUGCUAGAGGCUGUCGGGCGUGCUCGUGACCAGUGCCAUCCUCUCAGCUGUGCUGAGUAGUUACCCUCUGGCCUGCGAGCUCUGGCGGCUCCUGCUGUCAUCCCCGGACUGCCGCAUCCCCCAGACAGGCCCCUUUUCCCUCACAGGAAGAGUGGCCCCGGGACAGGAAAAUCCCCUGAAGGUUACUUUUCCCUCCAGUGAGCAGAGGCAACCACACGACCCAGCGCUCCAGCGCCUGCGGAGAGGGGGCAGGCGGUGUGGCCGGUGCCUCGCAGGGCCUGGAGGGCUGGCUGUGCUCUUGCCUCAAAGGGAACAGCUCUGAGGGGUUGGCUGCCGCAGUGGUCUCAGGCCUUCGCGUAUGGGCUCGGGCCUCACACCUGCCCCUUUUGGUUCCAACCAUCAGGCACCGGAGUCGACUCUCAUCAGUCUCUCCGGUCACCAGCUCUCCGUCGGUGACCAGUUCCUCUUACGUUUCCUCUGGGCUCCAGAUCAAAGCCUGAGGUCUCGAGCUGACGUCUUCGCUGGGACAGCUCCCUUUCCACAUGGGGCAGAGUCGGUGGUGGGGUUCACCUCCUCACCUGGACACUCCUUCCUGCCUGUUGCCCGUCUUCUCAGCAGCUACCUGAGCUGUGGAAAUCACCCCCUUCCCGUGAUGGCCCCAGCCCGUCCUAAAAAUGUGAACUUCAAGUCCUUACUCCCUCUUAGGUCUCAAGAAGGGUUUGGGUAGAAGCAGUCUUCCCGCUCGCGGCUCUGCCUUUUCAUGUUGCUUUUUGUCCUUUUGUUCAGAGAACAAUCAGAGUGUCCGUCCCCCCCCCCGCCCCUUGAGUCUCAAGAUUCUUAGGCAAUAACUCGUCCCAUGCUCGCAGUGCUCGGCAUUGACCCCUGCUCACCCCUCCGUUGUGCAUUGCUUCUGUGUUAACCUCUGUGGCGAAAACCUCCCGUCGGGCAGAGACCGCGUCUGCCGUGUCCUGACGGUGUGUCGCACUACUGUACUCGCUGGGGCGUGUCGCGACCAGCUGACCCACUGGGCGCUUACUGAGCCAGGUCGCCAGGAGCCCACGCGCGUGCCGGCCCGCCGACCGGCUCUGCGCGGUGUCCUUGGGCGGAGAUGGGGCGGGGUGGGGGCAUCGUACCUGUAACAUUCCUUUUGUGUGCUCUGCGUGGCAGGGGUGUUUACUCAGGAUUUUGGGGUCAGCUGUCCGCAGGCUGAAGGUGGCAGGCUGAGCUGUGAGCCCUGAAAACGCUGUUCUUUUCCUAGGCUCAGCCGCGGCCUAGUAAAACCUAGGGUUGCCGUCCGAGGGCGCCCCGCAAACAGGGACGCUCCCCGAGAGGCAGCUGUGAAGGGCCCGCCCUAAGGGUCUCCCCCAGCCACGCCGCUGUCAAGCUCCGCGGUCGUCUCCGUGCACCCUUCUUUCCGAACGAUGGUUCUCGCUUAAGAGCAGAGAUGCCCGUGUCUGUGCGAACUACCACACGGUGUGGUAGGAAAGGCUUUUCGGUACGUCGAGUCUGCAGCUGUUUCCUAGUUACAAAACUCCUCUCACACACGUACUGUGGAGAGGCUGUGCUUAGUCCUUGUGCUGUGAUGCGACGCAGGCCCUUGGGGCAGGUGGCGACUCGCUGGCCCUAGAGGGCAGUUUUGUGCAAAUCUCUGUGUUCAAAAGCCGGAAAUGUACAAAUUGAGAACGUUCCUAGCAGGUUCAUUAGUCCGUCUUACUGGGGCUGAGCAGGGCGGCAAAAGAGAGAGUGAAUGAGCUGAGAGAUCUGAUUCCGUAACACUGGUUUUCUUCUGCCGCCGAGCAGAGAGGAAAUCCAGGUGAGAAGGCAGCGGGGGGGCAUUUCGGGCACCCGGGGUCUGACAUCCUGCCCUUCUGUCGCCGCCCAGGGCCCUGGACGGCAAGUGUGCAUGUCCCUGAGUGACGUUUUGAAUCCUUUUCCUGUGACAUUUGAGCAAAAUGAAACCUAGUCAUCCCCACUCGAACCUGAGCGUGGCCGUUCUCCACGAGCCCCACACCGCCCGCUCGUUAGCCAGCACCCUGACAGACGGCAAGACGCUCGGCGCUGCCUGGCCGGAGGCUGAGAGCGCUCGCGCCCUCUAGGCGGCCUGGGGCGCCAGCUCCCGUGACCCCAGGCUUGUUCUUCCUCACUUUCCAGUAAAAGUGGCUCCACGCAGCCGUAGUGAAUGCUGAAAUUCACGUUGGUGUGCUGUGAUCCAGUGAAGGUCUGCCUCAGUGCUUCACAUCGUAACCAUGGUGACCGCGGGGUGGCAGCAAAUGAGUCUAUCAGAAUAUAAUGACAAUUGUUCCCAAUGACUGAGUGUCCUCCUGACAUGUAAUUAGCUGUCUUAGCAAGAUCCCGAUUGGCACAGUCAUAAUUAAAAGGACUUCUGUCCUUUGUGUGGCUGAAAUGGCAGAUCUCCCAUCCCUGUUCCCUUUUAGCACGAAUGCUCCAAGAACACUCAGAACAGCAGCUCAGAAAACUGUAGAAAUGACAGGGUGCCCGCGUCCUCUCCUCAGUGAGCAAGGGGGGUUUGGAGUUAGUUCAGCUUCAAGAUGGAAGCCUCUGAUUGGCUUUCCCCUCUGGCUUCUGCAUCUCACGAACCUUCUUCCGCACGUCCAGUCUCAGCCUGCCCCACCUCUGGCAAAGCUACUGCCAGAAGCCCACGCCAAGGCCUCCAGGCGACUGUCCAGCUGCCAGGCUGUGUGGCGGACAGGCCGAGCUUGAGACGCCGACUGUUGAGAACCCCCGGAACCAUCAGGGGAUCUGGAAGACGGCCUGACCAAAUACCUGGGCGUUAGACCACCACAAGGUGCGCGCACGGCGCGAGCUGUGUCCACAACUGCUGGCCCGUCUCACCUCUCACACGGCGGCCCGCCUGCCCUGCCAGUGGUCCUGUGCCCAGCAUCUGCCUGUUCUGCCCCCACAGGGGCCGCUCCCCUCCCACUCCCUCCCUCUCCCACCACCCUGUCUGUGCACGGUGCGUCUGUGGUCUUGACCAGCCCCCGGCCCUGGCCCUGCCCUGACCCCGCCUUCCGGCAUCGGCUGACCGGCUUUUGCCACCAAUGCAGAAAGCUUUAUUCGCCGUGUGGCCGGGGUCAGUGUAACUGAUGCCAGCACUGCCCCAGCUGACCAGCAGCCCUGCGCACGCUGCCUUCCAGAGGUGAGCCCCCGGGGCUGGGCCCUGGCCUCAUCACGCCUGCACUCAGGUCAGGCUGACCAGAAGCAAAAGCGCUUUUUCUUCAUCUGCCGCUGCUUCUCCGGCUCACAUCUUCCCACGGGCCCAGGUCACGAGCCUCCCCCAAGAUGCUCCACUUCAGGCUCAUGGAAAUGCUGAGGUCGGCCUCUCCUUGCCCACACCCAAAGCCAGGGGGAAGGUUCUCUCGCCCUGGGUUUCUGUCAUCUUCGCCC